AUGAAGAGGGCUAUGGAACGAUACAUGGCCCACCAAGCCAAGACCGGGAAAAUUGUCAUUGCAUUGAUGGAAUUAGGACUAGGUAUUCCCACUGGCUCGCUGGCAAAGUACACAGCCAAUGGCUGGGACCAUCUUCGUGUCUUACGAUUCCCGGCACGAGAUCGCACAAAUGGCAAAGGCAAAGACGGUCGCGGUAUUGGAUCUCAUACUGACUACGGCCUACUUGUUAUUGGCCAACAAGACGAAGUUGGAGGUCUAUUCGUACGCCCUCCCAGACUAGGAGAUGAAAGCUAUUCAAACUGGGAAAAAUACGCUGCUGGGUUUAAAGAAGAUGACUGCAACUGGCUGUUUGUUCCACCCACAGUAGGUACCAGCACUAUAAUCCUCGGAGAUAUGAUGCAGUACAUGACGAAUGGAUUCCUCCAUGCCACGCCGCACAAAGUUGGCCUCAAUACAACAGAGCGCUUCUCAUUUGCGUAUUUUCAUGAGCCCAACUUCCGUGCUGUGGUGAAGCCUCUGCCUGGGUAUGCAGCAGGCCAAAGCCCAGUCGAAGGUAUACACUAUGGCGCGCACUUUACCAACAUGAGUCUACAAAACUUUCCUGAUCGUGAGACUACGCGGCGCAUUAUCAGUGAGGGACGAUACGACAUGUUGUCGACGUCAGAACUGCAGUUACACAUAUAG